AUGUCAUCGCAACACGUUGUUUUUACCUUUGCUGGCCAGGGAUAUCCUCCAGUCGAAGCAGCUCGUGAUCUGUACCGAACAUCGCCGGUCUUCCGAAACGCGAUAGAGGACGUACAGAAUACGAUUGACAAUCUUCUGCAGGAGCAAGCGAUUCAGAGCGGCCAUCACAUACCCUUGACGGAGUACCUGGAGGAAGAUGAGAUUCGUCCGCCAUAUGCGACUUCCUUCGAUCGACCUUUGAAGACGGAGGAGCAUUCGCUUCCUCCAUCAGAGACAGUGGUCAUCCUGGCGGCGCAAUAUGCCUUGGGCAAAAUGCUUCAGUCGUGGGGCAUUAUACCUCGCAGCGUCAUGGCCUACUCACUCGGCGAGCUUGUGGCCGGCACAUUCACUGGUUCUUAUACCUUACCUGCAGUGUUGAAGCUACUUGCACGCCGGGAAUCUUUGUUUGCCGAUCGUUCUUUGAUACCGCAGAAAGGUGCCCUAGCGCUGGUUCAUACCGAUGGCGAUAGUGUCAAGGAAGUUCUUGCCAAAGAAGGUCUGCUAGGGACAGUAGACAUCGCUGGCUUUUCCAACCCAGUCACGACCUGUCUCGCAGGCAACGCAGAGCCCAUGGAGAUUGCUCUCGAGAAGUUCGAUGCGGCCGAGAUCGGCGUCAGGCGCGUCAAGCUGGAAGUUGGAAUGCACGUCCAAGCUUUGGCAGAUCACGUUCGCUCAAGUCCCACAAUCUUUCCCCUGGCGGACUCGAAGGAUUGUAAAGUUGUCCCUGGAAUUGAUCAUUGGUCCUCGCUAGGGUUCCAGAUACCGACUGGCUCUCCGCUCAAUGCGAACCAUUAUGCUACAAUCUUGCGUCGACCAUUGCGUUACAAAGAAUGCAUCGAGGGGAUAUACCAAAAGCAUAUGAAAGAACGACCUGAGCAGGAGUUGGCGUUCAUCGACAUGGGCAUGGGGCCAGGCCAGCUGUACAAAUCCAUCAUGUUCACGUUGAAAGACACUCCAGGCUGGCAACAAGGAAAGGUCAGGGCGAUUGCCAGCAUUGAUCCAGUCGAGGCAGGCGAUGCGAAAUCCAAGCUUGGUUGGGCAGCGUCACAGCUGGAAACCAAUCUUCGGAAGGCGAAUGUGAUGAUGCAAGUUCGGCAGCCAACACAA